GCGGGCCGGCAGGAUGAGCUCCCCGGCCGGCGGCAGGAGCCCCGCAUCCCCCCUUUGCCCGGCCUCCCGGAGCGCGGUGGCAUAGCCCACCGCAUCCAGAGCAUCGCCGGGCAUGGAGCAGUUCGUCAGGAAGCGCCUGACCUUCCUGACAUCCUUCUGGAACAAGCUCCGUCCCCGCUCCGUGACGGAGAGCUGCUCGCUGGGGUAUCUUGGCUCUGAUUCCGUUUCGCUGAACUCGGAGGCGACUUCCAUUUCCUUCAUCCCCAAGUCCUCUCUCUGUAUCGCUUUGUACGCUUUCACAGCCCGCAGCGCCGAGGAGCUGAGCGUAAGCGCUGGGGACAAACUGCGUGUCCUCAGAGAGGAGGGCGAGUAUGUCCUGGCCCGGCGGCUGCUGGGGGAGCCGGCCAUGGGCUACGUCCCUGCUGCCUACGUGGCCAACCUCAGCCAGGGCACCUCCGCUCACCGCCCCUGGUACUUCAGCAAGAUCAGCCGAAACGAAGCGGAGCAGCUCCUCCUCUCGCCUCCCAACCAGCACGGCUCCUUCCUCGUCCGGGACAGCGAGAGCAGCAAGGGCGAAUACUCUCUCUCAGUGCGCAACCACACCAAGGUCAGCCACUUCCGAAUCUGCAAGAGCCCCAGGGGCAGCCUCUACAUCCAGAAGGGACACCCCUUUCCCAACAUGGAGGAGCUCCUCGCCUUCUACACGGAGCACUGGAAGGUCAUCCAGAGCCCCCUGCUGCAGCCCUGCAGCCCUGCGACUCCCCCCGAGAGGGACGGCUGGGAGCGCCCGCGCUGGGAGUUCACCCUGCGGAGGAAGCUGGGAGAGGGCUACUUCGGAGAGGUGUGGGAAGGGCUGUGGAGGAACACGGUGCCAGUGGCCAUCAAGAUCAUUAAAGCUGACAUGAAAGCAGAAGACUUCACCAAGGAGAUUCAGAACCUGAAGCGCCUGAGGCAUGAGAAGCUGAUCCAGCUGCACGCCGUGUGCUCCCUGGAGGAGCCCGUGUACAUCAUCACCGAGCUCAUGCGCAAAGGCAACCUCCACAGCUACCUCAACAGUCCUGAAGGGAAGUCCCUGGGCACCUCCCACCUGCUCAACAUUGCCUGCCAAGUGGCAGACGGGAUGAGGUACCUGGAGGAGAAGCACAUUGUCCACCGGGAUCUGGCAGCCAGAAACAUCCUGGUUGGAGAGGAACUCACCUGCAAAAUCGCUGAUUUUGGGCUUGCCCGGCUCCUCAAGGAUGACAUCUAUUCCACCAGCAGCAGCACUAAAAUCCCAGUGAAGUGGACAGCCCCAGAGGCAGCCAAUUACCGCACCUACUCCCUCAAAUCCGACGUCUGGUCCUAUGGGAUUCUGCUCUACGAGGUCUUCACGUAUGGACAGAUCCCAUAUGAAGGAAUGACAAACCAAGAAACCGUACGGCAAAUCACCAGGGGCUACCGCCUCCCCCGGCCCAGCCCCUGCCCUCCCGAGAUCUACAGCAUCAUGCUGGAGUGCUGGAGUGGCAACACAGAGGAGCGUCCCACCUUCCUGGCCCUGAGGGAGAAGCUGGGCUUCAUCUACAGGCGGCUGCUCAGCUCCCUCUCCUGAGGGACCCCUUCCCACCAUCCUUCCUGCACAAGCCCCUCCAGGCCAGCUCUUGCCUACAAGUUCCUUCCUUCUGGUUUGCCCUCUGACAGGGCUACAAGGAAAGCACAUCCCCCCAGAAAACAGCCUGUGGUCCCUCUCAGCCAGGGUGCAGGGAGGUGGCCAAGGGAGAAAGCAACAAGUUGUGCAGAACUCGUUCCCAGCACUUGGCUGUGUAACAGUUUGGAGAAGCCCCAUGGAGGCAUCACUCAAAGUUUACAUCUUCCUUCACUCAGUAGGGUGGGAGGCCCCUGCUGCUCCCCACACAAACGUGAAGGUUUGCAGUUCAUGUUCAGUUGUGGCUCUGCUUGAUUUAUCUUGUAGUGUGUGUUCGGUGUAUUUAUCAA